AUGGAUGAUAGAGUUAUAUUAAAAAUUUAUUGUUAUGGACAGAUUUUGUUAGAAACAUAUGAGGGAGUUCAAUUUGUAUGUCAAAAUCCAGUAGAUGUUGUUAUUCCGUUCACAUUGUCAUUGGAUGAAUUGAAAGGUGUGAUUUGUGAGAAGAUACAUUCAGAAAGAUCAGGAAGAAUAUCGUGUAUUUUGUACAGGUAUCCUUUACCUGUGUUUGGUGGAUUCGUCCAUUUUCAGACGAAAUACGUGACAGAUGAAGCGAGUAUACAGGAAAUAUUUUCAAUGUAUAUUGAGAAUCGCCGGCGAAUAUCGUGCAUCGAGUUGUAUAUUGAGUUCGAGCAAUCUGAAGUGGACCGAAAUAUUGAAGUCGAAGAUUAUGAUAGUGGUAGCGACGAGGAUUUUGAAAGUAACUAUGAGAUCGUUGGUCCAGGUGAAAACGAAGAUGGAGCUGACGGCCCCAUGAACCCAGAUAUGGCGGAGGUUGUGUGUGUGCAGCUUCCUGUUGUGGCCGACGGUGAAUUUACGGUGGGGAUGGAAUUCAGUUCAAGGGAGGAAGUAAUCAAGGCAAUGAAAGACUAUACCAUCCGUAGAGGGGUAGACUAUCGGGUUUAUGAGUCGGAACCGACGACAUUCUAUGCUAAAUGUACACAUUAUGGCAAAGGUUGUGAUUGGCUGAUCAGGGUUACGAAAAUGCAGAAGAAGUACUGCUGGGAGAUAAGGAGGUACAAUGGUAGUCACACUUGUACCCGGUCGACAAUUUCUCAAGACCAUUCGAAACUGGACUCCAAGACAGUUGCAGAAGCAAUUAAGCCGUUGGUAGAGGUUGACCCAUCUUUGAAGGUGAAAUCAGUCAUUGCGGAAGUGCAGUCGAAGUUUAACUAUACCAUCAGCUAUAGGAAAGCUUGGUUAGCAAAGCAGAAGGCGGUUGAGUCAAUUUUCGGAGGUUGGGAGGCAUCGUAUGAAGCUUUACCCUUAUGGUUUGAGGCCAUGUGUCACAAGGAGCCGUCAGCAGUGGUUUACUUUGAAACAAUGGAUGCCUACCAGGGGGAUGACUUGGUUCCUGAUAUCUGUGUACUACAUAGAGUCUUCUGGAGUUAUUACCCUUGUAUUAGGGCCUUCAGACAUUGCAAGCCAGUAGUGCAGGUGGACGGGACUCAUUUGUAUGGUAAAUACAAGAGUUGUUUGUUGGUUGCAGUCUCACAAGAUGGUAAUAACAACAUCGUGCCUAUUGCAUUUGCCAUAGUGGAGGGGGAGACCUCUGAUGCAUGGUACUUUUUUCUAAGUAAACUUCGUCAACAUGUGGUCACACGUGAUGGUGUCGGACUUAUCUCUGAUCGACACGAUUCUAUCAGGUCAGCUAUUGAUCGGAGUAAUGGGGCUUGGUCUCCUCCCAGAGCUUUCCAUAUGUUCUGUAUCCGGCAUAUUGAGUCGAAUUUCUUGAGGAAGUUCAAGGCACCGUACUUGCAGAAGCUCAUCGUCAAUAUCGGGUAUUCAAGGACGAUACGGGAGUACCAGAUGCGCUAUGAACGAUUAAAAGAACGGGGUGAGGCUUACACCAACUGGCUUGACCGCAUCCCACGUGAGCAGUAUGCUUUGGCAUUCGAUGGUGGAUACAGAUGGGGACAUAUGACCACCAAUCUUGUGGAGUGCAUCAACUCCGUUCUGAAGGGUGCACGCAAUCUCCCGGUCACUGCGCUUGUUAAGGCUACAUUUUACAGAUUAAAUGAGUUGUUCACUAGGAAAAGAGCCGAGGCUGAGGCUCGAAUUAAUGCUGGACAUGUGUUCUCUGAGAUGGUCACCUCGAAGCUGCAUGCAAACCAGCGAGCAUCGGGAAACAUACAGUUGACCUACGCCAACAGCGGUGCGACUGUGGUGAAUUCCAGGUUGACCGAAUUCCGUGUCGACAUGUUCUAG